UCUUUUUUGACGACAGAGUCGAAGAGAUGCAGAGGAAGAGAAGAAGGAAAAAAAUUUUCAUUAUGCUAAGUGGUUUUGGAUUCUUCUCUGGUCAUCAGCACGAUUUUCAGAUGAUCAACUCAAUCUCACAAAUCGUCAAUAACUCAACCUCAAAAAUCUGUCUGAUUCAUCUCUCCGAUCAAAUGUAUUCAAACAGGGAAUCAUCAAGGCGAUCUAGGAGAACAAAGCAAGAGUUCUUGGUAUAUCUUGAAGCUCUGCUAAGCUACUGCGAGCUUCGGAUUCAUUUGUGGUUGUGGAAAGGGAAGGACAGAUUAUCGCUUGUGCAGCUUUGUUCCCUCUCUUUAAAGAAAAGUGUGGAGAAGUUGCAGCUAUUGCGGUUUCAUCAGAUUGCCGUGGACAAGGACAGGGAGAUAAAUUGCUCUAUUACAUUGACAAAAAAAGCGUCAGCUCUCGGACUUGAGAUGCUUUUUCUGCUAACAACGAGAACAGCUGACUGGUUUGUGAGACGCGGGUUUCAAGAAUGUUCAAUCUCGAUGAUACCAGAGGCAAGACGAGAAAGAAUCAAUCUUUCAAGGAGAUCGAAGUAUUACAUGAAGAAGUUAUUGCCAGACAGGAGUGGGAUCUCUGUUGUUCGUACAUUUCAGUUUGGCUCAUGAGAAUGUCGAGAAGAAUGUAACUGACACAGAAUUUUUUUUGCUCAAUGUAUAAGAUUCUGUCGAGUUUUGAAUGAAUCAACAUUAUUUCCAA